AUGGGGUUUGAGGACAGAAAGAGCAGCAACAGGUGGCCGCGGGUGAGAGUCCGAGAUUCGCGGGGGUGGGGGCUGGCCGCACCUGCGAGCCCUCUGAGCCGCCGUAGCCCCGCCCCUCCGCGCGUGGCGCCCCGACAUUUAGCGCGCGGGCUGCUCUCUUUACAGAGGUCGCUCUUGUCCGAACGGGCGGCCUCUGCUGCGCCUGCGUGGUCGGGAGGGGAAGUGAGGCGGUUUCCUCGGCGCCUUUUCCGGCGGCGGCGGCGGCGGCAGAGCUGGGAGGAGGCGGUGGAGGCCGGAGGGAGCCCGCGCUCGGGGCGGCGGCUGGAGGCAGCGCACCGAGUUCCCGCGAGGAUCAAUGACCUGACGGGGCGCCGGAGCCGCGCUGCCUCUCGGGUGGCCUGGGUCGGUGGUGAGCGUGGUGCUCGCGGACCGGGAGCCGGGCCGAAGGGCCGCAGUCUCCCGCGGCGGAGCGAGGAGAAGGCGGAGGAGCGGGAACCGCGGCGGCGCUCGCGCGGCGCCUGCGGGGGGAAGGGCAGUUCCGGGCCGGGCCGCGCCUCAGCAGGGCGGCGGCUCUCCCGGCGCAGACUCAGCGUCCCGGCGGCCGCGGCGACUGGAGGAAUCAAGUUGUGCGGUGGGUGAUGCCCGAGUGA